AUGUCAUAUAAGCAAACAACACCAUUAGCUCCUCGGCUAUUUGCAUUUGGCGGUUCAACUAAACCUGUUAGUGAACUUAUUUUUAAAAAAUAUGAUUUAGAUGAGAAUGGUUCAAUCGAACUCGAAGAAUUGAGAAAUUUAUGUUAUGACAUGGGAUGUUAUUUAUCAGACAAAGAUUUAAUAUGGGCAAGAACAUUUUUAGAUAAGGAUGGCGAUGGGAGAAUUUCAUAUCCAGAAUUUGCUGCAUGGUGGAAAACCUCAAAUCGAUUUCAUUAUUUGAAGCUAGAUUCGAAACAAAUGAAUAUUAUUCAUAAAAUUUGCGAAAUAUAUCGAAGUUAUGAUCAACAGAAUAAAGGUAUAUUAGAUAAAACAAAAUUUCAAUCGUUAAAAACUGAUCUUCUCAAACACAAUAUAUUGAAAGAGAAUCAACCAUUUAAUUUUGAUGAAAUUGAUCGAUCGCACGAUGGUAAGAUUAAUUUCAACGAACUCAUUGCAUGGUUUGUUGAUAUUGGUCUACUAACAAUGUUCGAUGAAAAAUAA